UUUGAUUCUUCUCAAUGGUUGUGGUGCGAUAUCGAGAGAUGAGGAUUCCGCUUCAGAGAGCGAGGGAUGCGCGUCCAAUUUAGUUUCUCUACGUACGUGUCAUGCUCACCAGGUCUCUGAAUGUGGAUUCGCUCAAGGAUCGCUGUGGGCAUCUCGUCUGCCACAUCGACGAGGACUAGGCGAUUCUUCACUUUGAUUUGCGUCUCUUUGCUGCUGCUCCUGGUAUGGCAGAGCUACCCAUUGCGAACAGCUGGCAUUGUGUCUAACUCUUGCCUGGAUGUAGCACUGUAUCAGUUCAUAGCUGCCGAGCGGAGAGGGGAGACAUCAAUCACACGUGUAUCGCACCUGGCAAGAUCAUCACCUGCGGCUGUGCUCGGUAAUGGUCACAUCGGCAUAGACCUCGACGAGGAGAGCCUGCUGUUUGGUUACAACGGCCUGCAGUGGCUAGUGGCCAAGUACUCGCCACAGCUGUCGGUCACGGUGGACGAUGUACUGCUCAGCCCAGGCGCCCUGGUCUUUGAGUACAAAGAAGCCACGUUCCAUUAUCUCUACGCCCACUCACUGAGUCCGGGCUGUGUUCGUGUUCGUCACUCGAUUCAUGCACAUCGCAACUUCACCUCACUGCUGGUGCAGGAUGUCACCGUCACGAACAGUGCUUCGCGCUCCGUUGUGCUGGAGCUCAAGCAGACGAGUAUGAGCUCAUGGUCGGGCGCGUCCACGUCCAGACAAGAGCUGAAAGCCGGUCUUAAAACGGCCACGUCCGGUCAGUAUAUUCUCAGCCAGGGUACGAUCCCAGCCACGCUGAAAGCACCGUCCGUUAGUGCAGCAGUGGCAUCUGUGGCUGCACCAGUUGAUCCCAUUGAAGUCGAAGCCAAACGGGACGUUAGCGCUCAGUUCCUGACUGUUGUUCGUUUUCAAGUGGGUGCAAACCUGUCGGCUGCGGCCAACAGCCCUACGACGAAUGGACCAGCAGUGCCGCUGCCCAACCUCAGCACUGCAGCUCUAGCUGAAUUAGAGCAGCAUCUCGCUGUGAAGGAUGCCAAGGCACUGGCCGACAGGCGCCUGGCCCACCAAUCACAAUGGGAGCAGCUCUGGGAUACGAUGCCGCGUGUGUUGUCCAAGAGUCACCCCAGCACGCCGGGAAACGGUGAGAUCUAUGCCAGCCUGUUUUACCUCAUGGCCACCACUCCGUCACUACCGGGACAAUACGGCGUCGACCUCAUCACUAACACCGACAAGGAAUGCUUCAGCGGGCCGCCGACCAUGCACACAACGCUGCUGUGGCUCAUUCCACACCGCUUGUCUGCGAUACAUACGCUCGUCAGCAAUUGGCACCGCUACUUAGCACACGGGUCGUGUGACUCACACCUCAACCGGGGUGCACAGCUACUGGGUCAAGUCGUAACACUCAGCUUCCUGGGCAUACGGCACGUGCCGUCCUACAAGUAUCUGGAUCUGGCUCUGAAUCCAGCGUUAGUUCAAGCCGACGCCUUAGUACACAAUCUUUACUUUGCCGGUUACAGUAUAUCGCUCAACAUUCAAAUGGAGCAUGGCGUCGCCAGAAUGAUGAGAGUACGCGCCAAGCCUCUGGUAGCUGGUACCCAACCUCCACCUCCGUUGUAUACCUGUCCAGCUAGCUGCACUGGACCACUCAAGACAGUCGGGGCCGAGGACGUUCUGGUCCCUGUCAUUGCCACCAAGCCCGUCACACCGUUGCUGUACAUCUCGACGCACGCCGAUGAGCUCCAGCGUCUGAACAACCGCAGCAAGGAACUGCAGACCUACCAUCUACCAGGGGAGUCCCCUCAUCACGAGUGGGGCGUGCAUACUGUGUCGCCGCGCGCCUGGAUGCUCUUCGGUCUGCUGCUGGGCGGCUUCCACCUGUUCCUGCUGCAGAUCAUCUGCAAGGAGUACUGCCCGGAGACGCUCAACAACUGUGCACGCUUCCUGCCCAGGCGCAUGGCCGAUGUCACUGGCAGCGGCAGAGUCGACUAGAGCAGAAGCUGCUGUUGGCGUUGCUUUAGUCACGUCAGCCAUCUCCUCUUGCACCACACGAUGAUGUGAGCAGUGGUGUUUUAGUAUCCGUCUUGAGAGACCAAAACAAUUUACUAGGCCUACAAUUAUACUCAUUCCAAUUUUAGCGCAGUAACACACGCACACCCCCAAACAUUCUCUUUUGGGUCACCACGAAACACUGCAUGAAGAAAAAGCACAUCCAGUAGCACUUGUCAGUCCAUGACAUCUGCCAUAGGCAUUACGUGCUCAUAGAAAUCUCAUCCUUCUGAUUUUUACAGCCCCCCCCCCCCCUUCUUUUCUGCAGACCUUUCUCCGUCUGUCCGUCUUUUGUUUUUAACCCAUAGUCUAUGCUGCACAUUGUAGUACCCUUGUCGUGGAGAGAGAACUUUAAAACAUUGAAGAUUUUAGAAUUUAUUACAACCAUUAUUGUCCGUUCGUAUUUGUUUGUACAAAUCCAUGUGCAGAAAGCAGGGAGUAGUAACUACUCACCGGUAGAAAGUGUU